AUGAAGAAGGCGGUUGCAACGACGAAACGCACCAUGAAAGAAGAAGAAGCUGCAAAUACCAACCAGCCACUGCUAACCUUUCGUUCUCCUUUGGAUCCCAGUAGCGAGUACCAUGUCGUGUGGGCCCAGAAAUCUCUUUGGAAGCGUCGUCUCGAAAGCAUGCAACAGCGAUACCCCAGCGACCGGUCUUUGAAGUGCUGGGAUUCCUGUAGCGACUCUUCUGACAGCGACCAAGAAGACAACGCCACAUGGGUUAUGGAUGGAUCUCAAAGCAUCGCACCAAUGGAUCGUUGGGGAGAAUCAAGCGCCAGCUCAAUGCCUGACAUGUCUAUUCGCUACAACAGUGAUAGCGACGGAGACGACGAUGAUGAACUCAGCGCAUGUUCAUGCCCUGUAUUCGAUCGGUGGGCAACCGAUGCAUCUUCGGUUAAUGGUGCCAGUUGGGAUGACCAGAGCACACGAUCCACCCGUAGCACUGCUAGCUCUGAUGCCGCACCCAGCCGUCCCGCAAGAAGACCUCAAUCACCAGUGAACGACGAUGACUCCAUUCAGGAUGAAUCAUCUACAGAUGCAAGAUCCCCGUAUGCUGUAAGGUGGUUGGACGACUUCUACUCUACCGUUACCUACAUCCGAAGAGAUGGAUUGUGUCCUGCAAUCCAAGAGAUGAGGACUCGCCGCAAAAACAGCGCAGGGAACACUGCCGCUUAG